AUGGCUUCAUCCAGCGAGCCCUUCUAUAUACGCUACUACUCCGGCCAUUCAGGUCGAUUCGGCCAUGAAUUCCUCGAGUUCGACUUCCGUGUAGUUGGUGAUGGACGAAGCGCGGUAGCCCGAUACGCCAACAACUCCAAUUACCGAAACGAUAGUCUCAUCCGGAAAGAGAUGUGCGUCAGUUCCUUAGUAGUCGACGAAAUUAGACGUAUAGUGAAGUCGAGCGAGAUUAUGAAGGAAGAUGAUUCGAAGUGGCCACAAAAGAACAAGGAUGGGCGACAGGAGUUAGAGAUUCGACUGGGCAAUGAACACAUAUCGUUCGAGACAGCCAAGAUUGGCUCAUUAAUCGACGUCACCGAGUCGGCCGAUCCCGAAGGCCUUCGUGUUUUUUACUACCUAGUUCAAGAUCUGAAGGCACUGGUAUUCAGCUUGACAUCGCUUCACUUCAAAAUCAAGCCCAUCUCAUGA